AUGGCGAGCGUAUUUCUGGAUUUUCCCAAUCUGCCCACAGCCGUGCAGCAACAAAUAUUGAACGGCCCGUCAUUGAUGCCACCAGAGGGUAUUAUCCCCAACUUUACAAACCCUUCGAAUAGCAAUCAUGAGGCCAUCAUAGUUGGUGCUGUCUGCUUAGCCCUCUCAACAGCAGCGACUCUUGGUCGCAUAUACUCACGAAUCUUCAUUACGAAAAAGGUGGAAUUGCAAGAUUAUCUCGGUCUAUUGGCAUACGUAGCAUUCGUACUUCUGACUUGGGUCUUCUAUGAUUUCUUGCAUAGAAGUGGAUUCUAUGUUUAUCAGUGGGAUAUAGUCUAUAAAACAUUGCCUGGGAUAGUCAAGACCCUCACAUUUGGACUAACUAUAAGCUAUUCCGCCGCUUUACUCUUCGCAAAGACGGCCAUAUUGAUUGAGUGGGUGCAGAUAUUCUCGCCUCAUCGUACCCACGCCUUCUUCUACUGGACAAGCUACCUAAUGAUUCUGCUCAACGUCUUGCUUUAUGUUUCAAGCAUUAUUAGCUCCGCCAUAACGUGUCUCCCACACGAGAGCAUUUGGCAGCCAUGGGUCAAAGGCAAAUGCAUCGACCGCAAAGCUCUUGGUGUAUUCACAGCCAUCUUCAAUGUCAUAAUGGACUUGCUUAUAUUGCUUCUUCCACAACGUGUAAUUUGGACUUUGCAAAUGACAAUGGCACGAAAGAUUGGUAUCUCCUUGGUCUUCUCCGUUGGAAUACUGGCUAUAGUGUGUGCGGCAGGCAGAGUCGCUGUAACAUUUGGCAUUGAAUAUGAUGAUAUUUACCGAGCGAGGCUCUUAUUUGGUAUAAUUUCACACGCACGCUCCUGGACUCGUCUUUCAAACAAAGGAAGUCAAAAACCUUCGGAGUCUGGAGAAUGUAGGAACGAAUGGUCCAAUGGUGCUGGUUUGCAACAUAGAGCUGGUGCAAAUGAAAGUGGCCAACCUGCAAGCAUAGCUGAACUGAAACUUAUCGGAAGCGAGUCCCGCAAAAGUCAUGCGCAUUCGCUCGAUGAGCAGCCACCACCGCUACCGAAACCUCAUCAACCUUCACAUGGGACCAUUGUUAGGACCACUGAGGUUGAACAACGAGAUUGUGCUGCUUCGAAAUCCUCGCGUGACAACUUGGUUGAGCGUCAACACCCGUGGAUGGAUGCCUCCCAUUAA